AAUCCUCUUCCAACAUCAAACAACAAUCUUAAACACCAAAUCUUCUUAGAUUUAUUCAUUGUAUUUUGCCAACGCAAUUCAACUCUUCAGUAAUGACUUCUUUGAAUUCGGUUUCUUUAGUUUUAGUUAUAAGUAGCUGUUUUGUAAUAGCACUUGGAGGUAAUUUCCAUCAAGAUUUUGAUAUCACAUGGGGAGAUGGAAGAGCUAAGAUACUCAACAAUGGAGAACUUCUGACUCUCUCACUUGAUAAAAUUUCUGGCUCUGGAUUUCAAUCCAAGAAUGAGUAUCUAUUUGGCAAGAUUGAUAUGCAACUCAAACUCGUACCUGGAAAUUCUGCUGGCACCGUCACUGCCUAUUAUUUGUCAUCUCAAGGAUCAACCCAUGAUGAGAUAGACUUCGAGUUCUUGGGAAACCUUAGUGGGGAUCCUUAUAUUCUUCACACCAAUGUGUUUGGCCAAGGAAAGGGCAACAGGGAGCAGCAAUUCUAUCUCUGGUUCGACCCGACUGCAGAUUUUCACACCUAUUCCAUCCUCUGGAAUCCCCAACGCAUCAUCUUUUCUGUGGAUGGUACACCGAUCAGAGAAUUCAAGAAUGCUGAGUCUCUAGGUGUUGCAUACCCAAAGAACCAACCCAUGAGAAUUUACUCUAGCUUGUGGAAUGCUGACGAUUGGGCAACAAGAGGGGGGCUUGUGAAAACCGACUGGAGUCAGGCUCCGUUUACUGCAUCCUACAGAAAUUUCAAUGCAGAUGCAUGUGUUUCGUCCUCAUCGGGUUCAUCUUCUUGCACUCCAUCUUCUACUUCAAGUAGCAGCAAUUCAUGGCUGAAUGAAGAAUUGGAUUCCACAAGCCAAGAGAGGCUAAAAUGGGUGCAGAAAAAUUACAUGAUAUAUAAUUAUUGCUCUGAUUCAAAGCGAUUCUCGCAAGGAUUUCCUCCAGAGUGUAGUAUUAACACCUCAGCUUAAAAAGAAUUAAUUUUCUGAAGUUUGAUUAAUUUAGGCACAGGAAUAUUACAUUUAUUGAUUUGUUUGGAGUCUAGUAAAGUAGUAAUUCUUUUGUUCUUUUACUUGUAAUCAUCUGUAAGAAAUAAAAGUUUAUAUACAUUAGAAUAUAUUAUUAGCAUCCCCA